AUGAGUGGACAGAGAAAAUUGAUUCCUUUAGACAAAAUUGAGGAAACUUUAGAGAGUCUUUUUGCAUUAUCGGAUGGCGAGGAGUCUGAAGAUGGUCACGAAAGUGAUGAUAGGGAAAGUGAGGCCAUAUUCUUGCCACCAAAUUCAUCGGACCUUGAGGAUAUUUUAGCUUCUCCGUCAUCUUCAAAUAACGGGAAUGCCGCCAAUUUUGAACCAGAGGAUUCCGUAGUCCCUUCAGUAAGCGGAAUUUCUAUAGGACGAAAUCAAUCGGAAACAGCUGAUGGUCCAAAUAUCAACGUGCCGAUAAACAAUAGUCCUGUGUCGUUAUCCAUUUCUGAUUCUGAAGAUGAUUCUUCUGAAGAUGAAGAUUGGAAGAAAGUACUUUUCCCUCACGAUGUACCAAGGAACAAGUUUGAUGAUAUUCCUCUAAAGUCUCACCAGAAUAUUCCCAACAAAAGUGGACCUCAUAUUUAUUUUCGUUUUUUUUUCACUGACGAAGUUUUAUCUCUAAUUGCAGAGCAGACAAAUUUAUAUGCUGCCCAAAAUAAACAAAAAAACUGGGUAGAUGUCUCAAAUGAGGAAAUACAAGCUUUUGUAGGAAUGUUGGUUUUGAUGGGGGUGCACCCUCUACCCAAUAUUGACUUGUAUUGGUCAACAGAUCCAUUUUUUUGUGUGAGAGAAAUAGCAGACGUAAUGACUGUAAAAAAAUUUAAAAUGAUAAUGAAAAAUCUACAUCUAAACGACAACACGAAAAUGCCUCAAAGAGGAGAACCUGAAUAUGAUAAACUCUAUAAGAUUCGACCACUAAUAGCCGCAAUGAACACUGCUUUUCAAAAGGGAGCUAGGAAUUCGUCAUCCCAAAGUAUUGACGAAUGUAUGGUCAAGUUCAAAGGGCGCAGUACAUUGAAGCAAUAUUUACCAAACAAGCCGAUAAAAAGAGGCUUCAAGAUAUGGGCGAGAUGUGACAGUAGCACGGGUUAUUUAUUUGAAUUUGAGGUGUAUACGGGAAAAAAAGACAAUGAUACUGAAUUUGGUUUAGGAGCAGCUGUGGUAAAUAGUCUUUGCAAAGUACUUAUUGAAGAAAAGAUAGAAAACGCACAUGUAACAUUUGAUAAUUUCUUUGCUUCGACCCAACUAAUGCAAAGCUUGUAUGAGAAUAAUAUAUAUUCUACAGCAACAGUUAGAUCCAAUAGAACUAACUUACCCCGGACACUAAAAAAUCUGAUGGCCAAGAAAGGUAAACCUAAACUUUCUAGGGGUCAAUAUAAGUGGCGGGUUAACCGAAAUGUAGCAUGCUUUACAUGGAUGGACACAAAAUUAGUCAACAUUCUUAGUACCGCCAUGAGAACGCAAAAAGACGGAAGGAAACAAGAAGUGCCUUGCCCUCUGGGUGUUGUGGAGUAUACCAAAAGGAUGGGGGGUGUCGAUCGCUUUGAUCAAAAGCGAGGCACCUAUCCUGUAGCUAGGAGGAGCAGGAGGUGGUGGAUGAGACUAUAUUAUUUUAUGGUGGAUGCAGCAAUUACGAAUGCAUACAUUUUGUAUGCUCAAAAAGUGCGUUACCCAAUGUCUACUUUACAGUUCCGUACACUUCUCGGAAGAAACUUGAUUGGCACUUUUACGAGCAGAAGGAAGAGGGUAUCGAACUUGCCAUCUUUUGUAUCCAAAAGACCAAAAGUUGAUAGCCGGCAGAAGGCAAAGUAUGGUCUUCCAGAUGAUCAACGGCUUUCAGACGUUGGAUCCCACCUCCCCGGUCCACUAGACUCUUACAGACGAUGCAGGGCUUGCAGCAGCAAUGCUAACAGCAAAAAAUCGAAGAUACAGUGCAUACGAUGCGAGGUAGCCCUAUGUAUUGUUCCAUGUUUUGCCAACUUCCACAAGCCGUAG